CGGCUGUCAGCUGUCAUUUGGAGAAAAGUCAAAUCGAUUUAAUUGAAAAAAAUUCAUUUGUGUUUGGAUUUUACGAUUAAAGCCAGAAAAAUGUCUGCAAUUCUUUCACAAGUUUUUCGACGUCAAAUAGCUAUUAGCUUAAACAGAUCCCAAGCUGGAGCUGGAACCGCGGCCACCGCUGGCGAACACUCAGGUGGUUACAAAGUUUGGAAGCGUCUUUCAUUCUUCGUUGCUAUCCCUGCUGUAGGUCUUUGCAUGUUGAAUGCUUACCUCAAGCACCAGGAAGAACACGACCACCCUCGCGCGGAAUUCAUCAAAUACGAAUAUUUGCGUCGUCGUGAGAAGCGUUUCCCAUGGGGAGAAGGCAACAAAAGCUUGUUCCAUAACCCCCAUGUCAACCCACUGCCUGAUGGUUAUGAACAUUAAUUUGUAAUGCAGAUUAGUUUGUAGCAUCACUAAAGAGGACACUAGAUUGGACCAGUUCAACUUACUUCUGGUAAUUUGUCGCUUUGGCUUACUGUCAUUUUAUGAAAAAUUGUAUUCUGUCAGCAAUGAUUUUAUUAAUAAAUGAAAUAAUUCCAUCGUAAA